CUGAAGAGUCGAGUUGUGCUUGUCGAGUGCCUCGCAAUCUCUCUCACCCCGCGCAACCUACAAGCUUGUAGCGUCUUCCUGUUACUGCUCUCGCAUUCGUCUACUCGCGAUACGUGCUGCUCCCGUUGAAAGCUCGCAAGAAUUUCCCGUAUUAAAUCGUAAAGACUCGGAACAAUGGAAGGUCAAGUGGUGGAGCUCACUGAGGCGGAACAGGCGCAGCACCAGCUGCAGAUGGAGCAGCAGCUCAAGUCUUUCUGGGCCAAACAGUUGCUGGAGAUGGAGCAGCUCGAAGUCGGCAGCGAACAAGACUUUAAGAACCACAACGAUCUGCCGCUCGCGCGCAUCAAGCGAAUCAUGAAGUCAGACGAGGACGUCCGUAUGAUCAGUGCUGAGGCGCCUGUGCUGUUCGCCAAGGCAUGUGAGAUGUUCAUUCUGGAGCUGACGCUGCGCUCGUGGGGCUACUCCGAAAAGAAUAAGCGGCGAACGCUGCAGAAGGAGGAUAUCCAGACGGCCAUCAGGAACACGGACAUCUUUGACUUUCUCGUGGACGUCAUUAACUAAGGGAACAGCUGAAUGUACAGUCGGUCUUGCAAGACGACCACCUCGGACUGAACCUGAUAAGAAAAAAAUGUUUAUCCGACUUGAA